AUGGUGCCCCAGCUGCCCCUGCUGCUCCUCUUCCUGCUGGCCCCACAGGGCAGGCACGGCUGCCACGGGCCACCAGAGCUGGAUCGGGAGCUUAUCCUGGCCAAGGUGAGGGCCCUGUUUCUGGAUGCCUUGGGGCCCCCGGCAGUGACUGGGGAAGGUGGGGAUCUUGGAGCUAGGCGUCUACCCCGAAGACAUGCCUUGGGAGGCUUCACGCGCGGGGGCUCUGAGCCCGAGGAGGAGGAGGAUGUCUCCCAGGCCAUCCUUUUCCCAGCCACAGGUACCAGCUGUGAGGACGAACCAACUGCUGGAGAGCUGGCCCAGGAGGUUGAGGAGGGCCUCUUCACGUAUGUGUUCCGGCCAUCCCAGCACACACGCAGUCGCCAGGUGACUUCAGCCCAGCUGUGGUUCCACACGGGGCUGGACGUGCAGGGCACAGUGGCCUCCAAUAGCUCUGAGCCCCUGCUAGGCCUGCUGGUACUGUCAUCCAGGGGUCCCACGGCUGUGCCCAUGUCCUUGGGCCAGGCGCCCCCUCGCUGGGCUGUGCUGCACCUGGCUGCCUCUGCUCUCCCUCUGCUGACCCACCCUGUCCUGGUUCUGCUGCUGCGCUGUCGUCUCUGUUCCUGCUCAGCCCGGCCUGAGGCCACACCCUUCCUGGUGGCCCACACGCGGGCCAGACCACCCAGCGGAGGGGAGAGGGUCCGACGCUCAACUCCCCCGAUAUCCUGGCCUUGGUCUCCUGCUGCUCUGCGCCUGCUGCAGAGGCCUCCGGAGGGAACUGCUGCCCAUGCCAACUGCCACAGAGCAGCACUUAACAUCUCCUUCCAGGAGCUGGGCUGGGAUCGGUGGAUUGUGCAUCCUCCCAGUUUCAUCUUCCACUACUGUCACGGUGGCUGUGGGCUGCCCACCCCACCAGACCUGUCCCUGCCUGUCCCUGGGGUUCCCCCUACCCCUGGUCAGCCCCCUUCCUUUGUGCCAGGGCCCCAGCCCUGCUGUGCUGCUCUCCCGGGGACAAUGAGGCCCCUACAUGUCCGCACCACCUCAGAUGGAGGUUACUCUUUCAGGUAUGAGACAGUGCCCAACCUUCUCACGCAACACUGUGCUUGUAUCUAAGGGGGCCCUACUUCCUUAUCCCAUGGCUGCUGGCCAAGCCCCCAUCAUCAUCAGCUGGGAGGAUGGGCAGAGUUCAAUACAUUCUUGUAGAUGUGUCCCACUCCCCCUCCUUCCACGUCUCUGCCUGAGGGCCUGAGGGCUCCUUUCCCCAGCCCACCCCUGUCCCAUGGGUA